AUGCUGUCUUCACUUGCAGCUGCCGCUCUUUUCACUGCCCUCGCACAGGCAGAUAACUCACACACUCUUUCAAUCCAACAAAGCGCUCCUUCAAAUGCCACAGCCGUCCCAGCAGACUUCUUCAGCUUCAGCUGGGAAACCGCCUACCUCCCAAGUUUCGACAACGACUUCUCGGAAAACAUUGUCAACUCUAUAUACGCUCGCAUGAGCAAGCCCAUCAUCAUUCGUGUCGGUGGUACAAGCGGCGACUUGAUCAAAGUCGACCUCAACCAAGAUGAGACUAGACGCUGCGUAUCAGGGCCCUCUUGUCCAUACUCUAGCCAGGAUACCUGGAGCGUAGGAAAGAGCUACUUUGAUGGAUUCCGUCGCUUCCAGAACGCCACUAUGACCUUCCAAGCCCCAAUGACACCAGUCGAGCCCAAUAGCAAGGAUGGCGACUGGGUUCCCAAUUCCAUGGAAUAUGUGCGUGAAGCAUACAAUGCCCUUGGAAAAGAUCGUGUCAAUGCCAUUGCGCUCGGAAACGAGCCGGAUUACUACUCGUAUGGCGUCGAGCAGUAUGUUGAGCGUGCGUUGACGAUCGAGAACCGAACUAUUGAAAUGUUGGGGUUGGAAGGUGAAGAUCGACGUAUCUUCGAGCUUGGUGAUAUCGGGUGGACAGUCAUCAAGCAGCGUGGUGAUGACUUUGGCCUACACAAGGUCUUCACCAAUGAUCUCAAUGCGAAUGGCUACGGCAAAUACGCUGCGCAGCAUUACUAUCAGACCGAUAUUGGAGGCCCAUAUGACAACGAUGCGUUGCAAGAUCGACUCAUGAACCACCACGCCAUCGCUGAACGCUUCCCUCUUAUCCAAAAAGGCAUCGAAUUCGUCCACCAGGAAGACAGCAAGAUCGACUUUGUUAUUUCGGAACUUGGCGCCGCCCUGGGUGUUCCUCCCGUCAGCUGGGCCGGAGGUCUAGGCGCUGGUCUGUGGGCUGUCGACUUACACCUAACAGCCAUGUCGCGCGGAGUGAAGCGCGUAUCCAACAACAUGUUCGAAGACGCACCCGACUCAUUCUGGAUCCCCAAUGACGAAGGUCAAUUCACAACCGGACCCUCGGUACAGGGUAUCUUCCCCUCUGCUGCAUUUAUCACCGACUUUGUUGGCAAGGGAGAGACGCUGGGCAAGGUUGUUGAGGUUGAGGUUCCCGGACAGCCACAGGACUUCAGUGCAUUUGCUAUGUACGAUCUCCAGACCGAAGAGCUGGCACGUGUUGCCCUGGUAAACCUGAAUGUGUGGAAUGAGGAUUCGAACCGACCCCGAGGAAACGCCUCUGUGACCUUGAAUGUUGGAAAUGGAGUGGAGACUGUCACCGUCAAGCGCCUGCAUUCCGACAAGGGAUCUGCCGGUGUUGGAUUCGACCAAGGCGGUCCUGAGCACAAUGUCACAUGGGCUGGAGAGCAGUGGUCUUUCAAGGUUGACGAGGGCAAGGGACACUUCCCUACUGGUAACUCAGUUCAAGAGACUGUUACUGUCCUGAAUGGCCAAGUCACCGUGGCAGUCCCUGACAGUGAGGCAGUCAUUGUUUAUUUCAAUGGCGGUUUGCUGGGAUUCUUGGAGCAGGCGUUUUCGCUCUGA